AUGCGACGGAUGGAAAUAGUCAGUCAACACAUGGAGGAGGCUAAUUACGUGUACGCGUUUGUGCGUACGGCUCACAUGCAGCUAUUUCGACUCUACUUGGAGCACUUGAACGAGAUUGUAGAUCGACAUUCCAUUGAAGACCUUACCAUGUCACAUGAGAGUUUUCUACAAGAGUCAGAAGGUCGGAAGUUCGCACCGCUGUGUUUUACACAAGUGUGUCUCCCUAUCAUCCGGUUGUUGUACUUGUUGGGUAAGAAAUUCAAAGAUUUUAUCUACGAAGACACUUUUCAGGAGACUGUGCUCAAGGUUGAUACGUUGACAUCAAAGUGGAUUGAUGAAUGUCAAGGCGAACAUUCUGUACUUGACUCGACGCUGUGUUUUCAGACCAUGAGAGACGAAAUCAAACGACUUUACAAGAUGCUUCGACGUGGCGAGCGCGACAUUCAAGCAGGUGCAGCAUUGAGAAAGGCAGGAAAACAGAUACAUGGACCAGAUCCCGAACCAUGGGACGUGUUAGAAGUGGGCAUACCUGGGAGAGCUGUGUUGAAGGACGGAAGUGUCGGUCCGCGCCACGACAACGAUCGUGCAGAUAUAGCAGACAUUCAACUACUACCUACGACAGAAGAAUGCUUAUCUCGUGAACCACCGCUGCUACCUGGAAACUUCCCAUUUCACAAUAAUGCUCAUUGGUUGCCCCCUGGACCAGAACGCUGGCUGGAUAACCAAGGCAAUCUUGCUGCUGGUCGUUUGAGAGAUGCUAAUGUGGAUUAUAACGUGUAUUCGAUCGUUGAAAUUGAUAUGCCGCUAAAACAUACAUUUCGUCGAGACGAGCGCGGCGAUAGUCCUCGUUUUUUCGAGCGUCAUGGGCUUUGCGUUGACGUACGAUUGAAGCAACCGUCCGUAGCAGACCUAACAGGGCGGGCUGAGCUUUCGGAGCAGCAAAGUCGAAAGCACUUAUGGGAGAAGACGGGUCGACUUCCGUUUCAUGGAAUGGUUGCGCUAGUCACAUAUAUGGAUGGUAAGCUGCAAAUGGUCUUUUGUCAGAUUGUUGAACGUGAUCUAGAGCGUCUCGUGGAGGAUGUAGUGGAGGUAGCUUUGCAACCAUUCGAAACCCGAGACUUCGCGGUUCUCGCACAAUGGCGACUUUCGGCAUCUUUAAAGUCAAAUCAAGAGCGAAAUCGCCUGCGUAUGCUGCUGUUGGAGUUCAACAACGUUUUCUUGGUUGCUUACGAGCCAGUCCUUCGUACGCUUCAAUCAAUACAUCCAGCCAUCAUGCCAUUUCUGGAAUAUCUAGCACCAGAGACUCCACAGACGCCGGGAGAAAGUCGAAUGGAACCUCCAAUAUACUGCCUUGCAGAUGAAUUUUCUUUUGAUCUCAGCUCGGUGAUACGAACCUACCCAGGUACAGUGAAUGGUGGUCCGUCCCAAUUACUGCUACGUCCAGAUCAACAAAACUCUCGCGAGGAGUGUGAGGCUGCGUUAGUGCGCUACUCGACAUUGGAGCAUGACCAGGCAAAAGCGCUGGUUCAUGCGCUGAGUAGCCGCGUAGCGUGCAUUCAAGGACUUCCUGGUAGUGGCAAGUCGUUUAUUGGCUCAAUGCUUACACGGAUUAUUGUGGAGGCAAAAGUUUCGCCUGUGCUGGUCGUAUGCUACACAAAUCACGCACUCGAUCAGUUCUUGUGUCAUCUGCUGGAUGUUGGUAUUACGCGUCUUGUGCGUAUCGGAGGACAAUGCAAGGAGCCCCGCUUGGAAAAAUUCAACCUGAACAGUCUCCCUAAGUCAGUCCAGCGUUACGAGCUAAAACUGCUCUACGAGGAGCUUGAUCGAAAUGCAGAUGCUAUCGCUUCAAUACUUGAAGAGCUAAAUGCAAAAACUCGCCGUCCUACAUGGCAGUCCUUAAAAUGGUUUCUGGAAACCAACUAUCCAGACAUAUACGAUUACUUUGCUGAGCGCUACGCCGAAUUGUACGAGGAUGACGACGGUAACUGGGAAGUUGCCGGCUGCCACGAUAUAUUAGACUACUGGAUCCGGGGGAACGAUAUUGAUGCACCCCAAAGCAUUUGGCAAUACCGAGGUCACGGUCCAAAUAUUUGGAUGUGGAGCCUUGCAAGACGUCGCGAUGCACUAACAGAGUGGGUUAAUGCAACUCGGAGCGCGUCUAUAGAAGAGCUUGUACGAGCUCAAGAGACCUACCUGAGCACUAUGAAGAAAAUCAAGAUUGUAAAAGACCAAGCAGAUGUGAACGUACUCGAGUGCGCUCAUAUUAUUGGUAUGACAACCACCGGCGCCGCAAAAAAUCAGCAGAAGAUUACGGCUGUAGCGCCUCCAGUCGUAAUAUGUGAAGAAGCAGGAGAGGUUCUGGAGGCACAAGUUAUGGCAUGCUUGUCACCAGCCUGUCAACAGCUCGUGCUUAUUGGUGACCACAAACAACUACGUCCGCAUAUCGCUACGUACAAUCUGAGCGUUGAAAGUGCCAUUGGAGAGCGGUUUGCACUGGAUAAGUCGCUUUUUGAGCGUUUGGUCGCUCCAUCUUCGGGCCUACCUUUUUGGAUGUUGACGGAGCAACACCGCAUGCGUCCACAGAUUUCACAGUUGAUACGGAUGCUCUUUUACCCUGAAGUUCGUGAUGCUCGUGAGACGCUGGAAUACCCACCCGUCCUUGGUGUGGAUAAGAACGUAUUCUUCGUGAACCAUAACCAUCCUGAAGACGUCGCGUCUGCAGUCCUGGGGGCUUCAGUCCGAUCCCACUCCAAUGAAUACGAAGUCGCGUACAUCGUAUCAACUCUCAGGUAUCUUCUACAGCAAGGGUAUCAUACUAGCGAUAUCGCGAUCCUUACUCCAUAUAUUGGACAGCUCAUGAAAUUGCGAUCAGCCCUUCGAGGGGAGUUUGUGCUAGAGCUGAACGAGCUCGACCAGGUCCAAAUUCAGCGCACUUUUGACGUCGGCAACGCCAUGGUUGCUGGUGAUGACGAAGAUGAUAGCAUUGAUGAGGGGACCUGGAAUGAGAAUCAUGCUAAAUUAGGAGCAACCAAGAAAGAGCUCUCAGGAGUAAUUCGCGCAGCAACGAUUGACAACUUUCAAGGCGAAGAAGCAACCAUCAUUUUGGCGAGCCUAGUACGCAGCAAUACGAAUGUUCACGGGCGUGGAGGAAUUGGAUUUUUGAAAACUCCAAAUCGGAUCAACGUGCUUCUUUCUCGAGCAAAGCACGGUUUGAUCCUCGUGGGUCAUGGCGACUUGCUACGAGCAAAAUCACCUUUAUGGCAACAAGUACUUGAUCAACUGCACAGCGAAGAAUGUUAUGGCAACGGACUGCCUCUGCAUUGCCAACGUCACCCAGAUUACCAGCGUAUUGCCACGAAUCCGAGCUCAUUUGCACUACUUGCACCCGACGGAGGUUGCUUGCGUCCGUGCGGACAGCGACUUGCGCGAUGUGGUCACGCGUGCCCCAAGCUAUGCCAUGUGGAUCAGCCGUCUCACACUACUAUCUACUGUACACAACCAUGCCCACGAUUGCAACCUGACUGUGAACAUGUAUGUCCUAGAGUUUGCGGUGAUUUUUGUGGCCGGUGCAAAGUACCUGUUGGCACGAUUGUUCUACCUUGCGGUCAUGCGUACUCCAACGCUCGAUGCUUUGAGGCCAAGAGGCCGUCAAAACUGAGGUGUAGCGUACUAGUUGAUAAGACUGUUCCGAUGUGUGGGCACGUUCAGCGCGUGAAUUGUAGCACAGUGAGUGUUAAAUGCACUCGACCGUGUGGUGUCGUGCUUCCCUGCGGCCACGCUUGCUCUCGCAAGGUGUCAUGA